AGCACACAACUGUCAGCUGCUGAUGGUGUUGAUAAUAUCAUUAUUUUGAUAAAAACUGAAAAUUUUAUUUUGUGCUUUAUAAACCCCAAGUGUAUUUCAACUUUUUUUCAACCUAAAUUUUUAUGUGAUUGCAUUCAUUAUCACUUAUUUCAUUUUAAUUUUUACAAAACAAUCUAUUAAAAUGUCUGACAUCAGUGAUAAGUACAACACAAAGUGUCCAGGUGUAAAAAGAUUAAUGAGAGAAGCUAUGGAGUUAGCAGAGGCGACAGAGGAAUACUGUGCGCGACCUCUGGAAGAUAAUCUUUUUGAAUGGCACUUCACAGUAAGAGGCCCCCCUGGUACCGAUUUUGAAGGUGGAAUUUAUCAUGGGCGCAUAUUAUUACCUAAAGAGUAUCCCAUGCAUCCGCCCCAUAUAAUACUCUUAACACCUAAUGGAAGAUUCGAAGUUAAUAAGAAAAUAUGUUUAUCUAUCUCAGGAUAUCACCCAGAAACAUGGCAACCAUCUUGGUCAAUCAGGACUGCUCUGUUGGCCUUGAUUGCCUUUAUGCCUACUCCUGCCGAAGGUACGAUUGGUGCCCUUGAGUACUCACCGGCAGAGCGUAAAGCUCUUGCUAAAAAAUCCACCAGCUGGGCAUGCACUCAAUGUGGUGAAAUUGCUCCAUUGUUAUCAUCUAAUGCAGCUACGCCAAUAACAGAAGAAGAAAAGUCAGUAUUAAAUCAAAUUGCAUUUAAAGGAGAGGAGGAACAAACACCAAAACCACCUGAGCCUGAGCCAACUUACGAACCAGAGCCUCAGAUUUUAGAAUCUGUUGACAAUAGUACCACAUUUUUGGAUCAAAUGUUGGAGAUAAUUGUGGCUCUCCUUGUAGGUGCUAUUGCAAUAUUUAUUUAUAGGCGAUGGAAUUCAUAUGCAGCUAUUGAUACUGAUUUAUAAAUACCUAUUAUGCAAUAAUUACUUACUACCUUAGGCCUAGUAUUAUUUUAAUGAAAAUUUGAUGUUUAAGACAAUGUAACAUUACCUGAGCUACUUUUAAAUGUUUAUUUCAUGCUAGUGGACAACACAGGAUUGCCUACUUAUUUUUACUUAAUUAACCAAAAAUGUUAGUGUGAUAUAUUACAAUUUGUAAAUUUAUCUUAUUAUAUUUUAUAAUUUUCCGUUUGGAUCAUUACAACUAAACUGUAUGUAUUGAAAGAUAAUAAAAAGUUGCCUAGAAAUAUGUGAGAAGCUAUAAGUACAAUAUUUUUUUUUCAUAACUAUUAUAAUAUUUUUUUGGUGUAUUUUUGCUAUAGAAAUGCACUUUAAAGAUUUAAGUGGCUUUAUAAGACCUUAAGUAUAAAUUAAUUAUGACCAUUUAUGAACUUUAAUUGUAAAUUAGAUUUGUGAGACAUUAGUUUUACAUCACUUUAUAUUGUGAUAUUUGUAAUGUUAGUGUAAUAUACAUUUUAUUAAAUUAUAUUUGUCUCUAUUA